GCGCGCGCCCAGGCCGGGGCGGCCGGGGAUCUCCAAGCGCCGGCGCGCCCUCCUCCCGCCCGCCCCGCGCCCGCCCGCUCGCGGCGGCGGAGGAGGCGGAGACGGCUGGCAGGCGGCGGCCAGGCGAGCGCGGCGGCCGGACCGGGGCCAUGGCGCCCGCGCAGCGCCCGCUGCUGCCGCUGCUGCUGCUGCUGCUGCCGCUGCCGCCGCCGCCGCCCUUCGCGCGCGCCGAGGACGCCGUCCGCGCCAACUCGGACCGCUACGCCGUCUACUGGAACCGCAGCAACCCCAGGUUCCGCGCGGGCGCGGCGGACGACGGCGGGGGCUACACGGUGGAGGUGAGCAUCAACGACUACCUGGACAUCUACUGCCCGCACUACGGGGCGCCGCUGCCGCCGGCCGAGCACAUGGAGCACUACGUGCUCUACAUGGUGAACGGCGAGGGCCACGCCUCCUGCGACCACCGGCAACGCGGCUUCAAGCGCUGGGAGUGCAACCGGCCCGCGGCGCCCGGGGGGCCCCUCAAGUUCUCCGAGAAGUUCCAGCUCUUCACGCCCUUCUCGCUCGGCUUCGAGUUCCGCCCCGGCCACGAGUAUUACUACAUCUCUGCCACGCCACCCAAUGCUGUGGAUCGGCCCUGCCUGCGGCUGAAGGUUUACGUACGGCCGACCAACGAGACCCUGUACGAGGCCCCGGAGCCCAUCUUCACCAGCAACAACUCGUGCAGCGGCCUGGGCAGCUGCCAGCUCUUCCUCAGCACCGUGCCCGUGCUCUGGACCCUCCUGGGCUCCUAGUCCGGCCCGCGGCCGCCUCCGAGACCAAAUGCCCUCGCCUCUCUCCCGCGACUGGUGCUGCCCGCCGCGCCCGGGCCCGGCCACCCACCCAGGACCGGCCCCCGAUGCCCGAGGGGCCGGGAGUCGCCGAAGCCCCUGGCCGAGCCCCGCGUCCGGGGGCCUGGAGAACUUCUCCGAGAUGGUUUUUUUGUUUUUGGUGCAUUUUUCAUGGUUGGAUCAGAAAGACUUGAGUUUUUAUUUAAUUUAUUCCUUGCUGUCUCCGGUGACUUUGGGAAGGAAACAGAAUGGCAGGGUAGGAGUCCCUGGCCCCGCGGGGGACAGGGAUCGGGGACCCCUCGUCUGGUACUCCAUGUGUUGGGUUCUGGCUGGAGCCCCCUGCAGCCCCCCCAGGUGUCCCGGCCUGAGGCUGGAGGGGCAAGUCCCCCCUGAAUCUGGUCCGGGGACCUCAGACCCCCCACCCUCCUCAUUCCUGGUGACUGUCUCCUGGAGUGGAAUCCCACGACGUGCCACCCGAGGCCACCGAAGAAUCUCGGCGCCUACGUCUCAGACACCGCGUAGGCCCCACCCGGUCCCCCCAGCCUUGCCCGCUCGCCUCUGAGGCCGAGAAGACGUCACAUUUCUGUAAAUAGAGCCAGCAAGUAUAUACUGUGAUUUAUUUUUACUGUAUUCCUGAGGACGGACUGGAAAUUUUCCUUUUCUUUUCCCCUCUCUCCCCUUCGUAGGGGGGCUUUUAUUUUG